GUUUCUGUCAGAGAGCGGCCGGCGGGAGGCCGCCGGUGGAGGGGGACGAGGCCGUCGCCGCCGUCGCCGCCUCCCGUCAGCGAGCUCCGGGCAUGCGGCAGCCCGGCAGCCCCGCUUCCCGAGGGCAUGGGCCGCGGGAGCUGAGCCGCGGCGGAGGAUGAGCCAGGCGGGCAGCCCGGCGAGAGCCUACGAUUUCCUGCUGAAAUUCCUGCUGGUGGGCGACAGCGACGUGGGCAAGGGCGAGAUCCUGGGCAGCCUGCAGGGCGGCGCCGCUGAGUCCCCCUACGGGCACCCCGCCGGUAUAGAUUAUAAGACUACAACAAUUCUUCUGGAUGGCCGACGAAUCAAGCUACAACUCUGGGAUACAUCAGGGCAAGGGAGGUUCUGCACCAUAUUUCGGUCAUACUCAAGAGGUGCUCAGGGAGUAAUACUAGUGUAUGACAUUACCAAUCGUUGGUCAUUUGAUGGAAUUGAUCGAUGGAUAAAAGAAAUAGAUGAGCAUGCUCCUGGUGUACCAAAAAUCCUGGUUGGAAACCGCCUUCACUUAGCUUUCAAGCGCCAAGUAUCUACUGAACAAGCACAAGCCUACGCUGAGAGGCUGGGCAUGACUUUUUUUGAAGUCAGUCCACUUUGUAAUUUCAAUAUUACAGAGUCCUUUACUGAGCUAGCAAGAAUAGUAUUGAUGAGACAUGGAAUGGACAGACUGUGGAGGCCAAACAAGGUACUGAGUCUGCAAGACCUUUGUUGCCGUGCCAUAGUUUCCUGUACCCCUGUGCAUCUUGUUGACAAGCUCCCUCUUCCUGUUGCCUUAAGAAGCCAUCUCAAAUCCUUCUCCAUGGCCAACGGCCUUAAUGCCAGGAUGAUGCACGGACGCUCAUAUUCCCUCACAUCCAGCAACAUCAAUAAAAGGAACAGCUUAAAGAAAGCUAAAAUUAUCCGUCCGCCACAGAGCCCACCAAAAAACUGUACAAGAAACAGCUGUAAAAUUUCUUAAACUCUGUGAGAAAAGGAACCUGGAUGGAAUCCCUUCAUGUGAAGUGUUGAAUGCAAGGACUCCUGGUUUAAUAGUUGAGCAUACUCUAUGUAUGUAUCCUACUACACUGACAAAAAUAAGAAAAAUAAGUCCUAUUUUAGAGCUUGCUCACUACAGUAAUGCUGCUUUGGAAUGAGUGAUGUGUUCAGUGCAACUGAGAGGAUGGGACAUUUUGCUGUUGGACUCGCAUACUGUAUUUUAGUUUCUGUUAUGCAUGAUGCCACUGUUUUCACUAUUUGAUGUGUUUUCCUAUAGGGGGUAAUUAUCAUUACAUUGAGUUCUUAGUUCCAUGAAAUCUGGGAAGUGACUUACCAUGUAAUUGUAUAAAAUCCUGUCAUUUUGCAAACAAUUCAAAAAUAGAUGUAUAAAAAAGUCAUUGGUUUGCAUAUUCAGGCAGAGGUUUUUAAAUGCAACGUAUACAUUGUAAAUUCUACAAAUAGCGUGACAAAUUCUGUAAUACUGCAAUUGUGCAUUUGGAUAUUUUGUAAAGCUUCCUUGAUAACUUCAAAGCACUAAUUUAACUAAGCUAAAAAUGUGUAUAUAAUUACUAUGCACAUACACAACAAGGUUUUGUCCCAUUAGUGUAUGUAAUGGAUUUGAUAAAGUUUUUGGUAUGUUAUUUAAUACUUCAGAGAAUUAAUUUGUGCUUUAAAUACUUAUUUUUCUGUAAAGAAAAAAUAAAAUACAUUUUAUACCACUGUAUAAGAAAGUUCUAGGAGGAAAAUGCCAAAGACACUGCAGUUAAGGGAACAUGACUUGAAUUGCUGCUUUAUAAGAAAAGAGCACUAUUUAAAAAUAAAUAAAUGUUUCUGGAAAAGAAA